GACAUUCAUUUUAGAUGUGCCAUUCGGUCUCUCCACUGUGGUGACAGUCUUACGCGCCUACGUUUCUUAACAACCAAGAAAAAGAAUCCCCUUCUUCUUUUUCAUGAUCAAUAGCAUUUGAGCAGUAUUUGAUUGUUUAUUGUUUUGGAGUGCAAAGAUGAAACUGAGACUGAGAAAUUAUGAAUCAAAGGAAACCCUGAGAAUCCAAGUUCCGUCUCCGUGUUCUUUCCUCCAACUUCAGGAAACCCUCUCCCUCUCCCUCCCUACCCCUCAACCUUCGCCGCCAUCUUCUCUCCGUUUUUCCCUCAACGCCAAGGACCUGCUCCACGCGCCAUCCCCUCACGCUUCCCUCCAAUCCAUCGGUGUCUCAUCGGGUGACCUUAUCUAUUUCUCCCUUAACCCUAUGGUUUUUUCUCCCAUUUCUUCUAAUCAAGACCUUCAAACAGCUACCCUUGUUGAAGAAACGAAUGAGAUUCCAGAAUCCAGCACCAAUCAAGAGGCCUCAGUUCAAGAAUUGCCUCAAUUACAAGAGCCCAUGUCAACAGAGCCCCAAGUUUCUCAAGAAACUGAAAAAACCGAAGGAACAGAAUAUAUGGAUAUCGAUGCCUUUGCGGUUAGCGAAAGGUUCUCUGAGCCCUAUUUCUUGAGGAAGGUUUUAAAGGAAGAGCUUGCUGAUGAUGGUAGCAAUCACAAGCUCUUGGCGAUUGCAGUCCACGCGGUUUUACUGGAAUCAGGCUUUGUCGGGUUUGAUCCCGUUUCAGGACUGCAAAUUGAUGGGUUCCAUUUUCCAGAUGAGUGGCCUUCACCUGUCUCAAUUUGUUAUUCCCUACCUGAACUUUGGAUCAAUGAUGAUAAUUCUGGUUCUAAUUUGACUGAUUAUGCUGUUUUAAAGUUUCAAACUUUAGGCCAUUUUGUUCAGGUUUAUGGGUCUUUGGUUAAGGGGGGUUCAGGGUUAUAUAAAUUGUCUUUGGAUGAAUAUAGGUUUGCACCAACUUUGGAUUUAGUGUGGGCAAAUUUUGAUAAGAAUGAUAGUACGAAUGAUAAUAAUAAUAAUAAUUCAUAUCCUGAAAAUGAAGUUUUUGAGUUUUGGAAGAUUGUUAAGGAUGGGCUUGCAUUGCCAUUGUUGAUAGAUCUUUCGUAUAGGACUGGUUUGUCUCUUCCAGCUUGUUUGAUGCGUCUACCAACAGAGUUAAAGCUUAGGAUUCUGGAGUCCUUGCCUGGUGCUGAUAUUGCGAGAAUGGGGUGUGUGUGCUCAGAGAUGCAAUAUCUGGCUUCGAACAAUGAUCUGUGGAAGCAGAAAUUCAGAGAGGAGUUUGGAGAUUGCCCAGGAACAAUGGAAAUAGGGAAUUGGAAAGAGAUGUUUCAUUCUUGUUGGGAGAGUAGGAAGAAGCCAAAGCGGGCAAUUCCCAGGUGGCGAGGGUUUCGUCGUGUUGUUAGGCCAUUUUACUUCCCAAUUAGGAGAGAUCCUAAUCCGUUUUUGGCUCCUGUGAUGAUUGGUGGUGAUUAUGACCGCUUGCCAGGGCUUGUUUUGGCUCCUCCUGUUUAUGUCCCGCCUGGUCUACGAUUUCCUCGAUUUCAAGGGAGACGGAAUUUUGGACUUCAUUGUAAUCUUGGAGAAGGGCAAAAUAAUUCAUAGUUGCUGGUGACUGCUUCACUUGAUUCUGGUAGAGAUGCUGUUUUAGGUUUAUUAGAAAGAUCAUACAUGUUUAUGUAUAUAUAAGCAAGUCUUUUGCUAGAGGGGAAGAGCAAAAUGAUAAUAUGCAGUCUCUUAAGUUGCUUUUGAUGCUUGUAAGUGCCAUGAUUGAUUGCCAAUUGCUUUGUUGGUGAUGACUAUGGCCAUCUUUUUUUCUAAUAAUGGACGUUUAUGCUCUUGUAAAUUUGUAUGUACAAAUUGGUUUAGCACUCUAGCUGGUGGCUUGGUAUUUAUGUUAACGUUGUUGUCACUGUUAUUAUUUUU